AUGCCCCAUUAUGCCCCAUUAUGCCCUAUUAUGCCCCAUUAUGCCCAUUAUGCCCCAUUAUGCCCGAUUAUGCCCAUUAUGCCCGAUUAUGCCCCAUUAUGCCCAUUAUGCCCCAUUAUGCCCCAUUAUGCCCAUUAUGCCCCAUUAUGUCCCAUUAUGCCCAUUAUGCCCCAUUAUGCCCCAUUAUGCCCAUUAUGCCCCAUUAUGCCCCAUUAUGCCCGAUUAUGCCCCAUUAUGCCCCAUUAUGCCCCAUUAUGCCCUAAUAUGUCCAUUAUGCCCCAUUAUGCCCCAUUAUGCCCGAUUAUGCCCGAUUAUGCCCUAAUAUGUCCAUUAUGCCCCAUUAUGCCCCAUUAUGCCCGAUUAUGCCCCAUUAUGCCCCAUUAUGUCCGAUUAUGCCCGAUUAUGCCCAUUAUGUCCCGUGAUGCGCGGUAUCAUCUCUGACCAGCUGCGAUUCAAGUGCAACUCCCAAAUCAAGAUUCACUGCCAUCAACAGUUCGGCCAACACGCAGUUUUUGGGAUUAUUUAAAACUUGUUGUUUUUCCAUCGUCGCCGGAUGAAUCCUACAAAAAACUGGAAUGA